AUGAGUAAGUAUUCAUUUGAAACGAUUCAGUUUAAGGAGACUCCUCCGGCGGAAACUCCUGAACCAGUGAAUUCCAAAUAUGGCGUGAAAACGACAGCAUCACCAGCUAUUAAGAACGCUCCAUUGCCUGCAGAGGGACCUUCUUCCAGACACUUUUCCAAUUGGUUAUUAUUCUCCUUGCUCGGUGGUAUUCCUUACUAUGUAACAAGGAAAGUUGGGGGAGGUCUCAAAACCUUCUUGUUCUUUGCCGUACUGUUUGCUAUCCCAAUUUUAAUGGCCUUUUGGACAAUUGCAUCCACUUACUCUCCUCGUUUGAAUGAGAAAUGCAAAUUACCAGGAAAACCAAUUGAGUACUAUUUGACCUUCCAUGAUGAUGCUUUGAAGGAAAAAUACCACGGUAAGAAAAUUCCUAUGGAGACUUUCCACGAACUGUUUUUCGCUAAUAAGGUCUCUUUCAACUUUGAUGCUUUGGAAGUGAUGGAGUACAGACAUGACUGGGCUCAAUUCUCUUUUACUCUAUCACUUUUCAAGUUCUUCUUGCUUGGUAUGAUUCCAGAAGUUAUUAUGCACACCAGAUCUCAAGAUGAAGAACAAGUCAGAGAUCAUUAUGACCGUGGUGAUGACUUUUACUCUUGGUUCCUUGGUCCAAGAAUGGUUUAUACCAGUGGUUUGAUCUCAGAUAUUGAAAAGGAAGAAAGCUUGGAGCAGUUACAAGACAACAAAUUGAAAACUGUCUGUGACAAGAUCGACUUAAAGCCAGGUGAAUAUUUAUUGGAUUUGGGAUGCGGCUGGGGGACCUUGGCGACCUAUGCAUCCAAAAUUUAUGGCGCAAAGGUUACAGGUAUCACUUUAGGUAGAAAUCAAACCAAAUGGGGUAACGAUAAACUCGAUUUGCAAGGGAUCGACAACGAACAAUCGCGGAUUCUAUGUAAGGAUUACAGAGAUACUCCAUUGGCCACUGAGGACGGUAAGAAAUAUGAUAAAAUUACAUGUUUGGAAAUGGCUGAACACGUUGGUAUCAGGAAAUUCGGUUCUUUCUUGCAACAAGUGUACGACAUGUUGGAAGAUGAUGGUUUAUUCUACUUACAAUACGCCGGAUUGAGAAAGCCAUGGCAAUACGAAGAUUUGAUCUGGGGUCUUUUCAUGAACAAGUAUAUUUUCCCUGGUGCUGACGCUUCUACACCGUUAGAUUUUGUCGUUUCAAAAUUAGAAGCUACUGGAUUUGAGGUCGUUUCGAUUGAUAAUAUCGGUGUUGAUUACUCCGCAACUUUAUGGAGAUGGUACAGAAACUGGAUUGGCCAUAAGGACGAUGUUGUCAACAAGUAUGGGAUGAGAUGGUACAGAAUCUGGGAAUUUUUCCUAGCAUACUCCACUAUUAUUUCCAGACAGGGCUCUGCCACCUGUUUCCAAAUUGUCUUGAGAAAGAAUUUGAACGCUUACCAUAGAAUUAACUAUGUACCAAAACAAAAAGGUUUAUUGACUCCAAUCAAGGAAGGUGUUGAACAAUGGUUCAAAUGA